AGCGGUUGACCAAUUGGCUAAACGUAAACCAUUCACCGCGCACUGGAGCAGCGGAGUGCGGAUGCGCGAAGCGCAACUACAACGCAUCAGUAAAAAGAAAAGAAAAAGAGAGCAGGCCUUCACCCCUAGAGAACUACCGCUGCACGCACUGACGUACAACUCGAGUGCAAACCAUGAACCUCGUUAAUACCUACCUGCUUUUGCCGCUGCAACGCAAAAUCUUCAAGAACUUUGGUCACUAUGAUUAUCGCACAAACACUUUCCACCUAAACGAAGAGCGCGUCAAUGAAGUCUUUUUCGACCCCGCGUUUAAUCCCUUUGUGGACGUUCUGCGCGAGACGUCGCACGCCUCCGCGAUUGCCUCAGCCAAAUCAACAGUUCACCAUCCCGCUUCUCCAAGUGCGACACGACAAGUUAACCAAGCAGGGCAAGAAGCCGAGACAAGGAGAAGCAGCGGUCCACCCUCACCGGCGCCACCAAUGCAGAAUGCAAACUGCACGGGUGCUGACAGCGACAACACGAGAGAGACACAGCGCACUCAGGAAGAUCUACCGCAAACGAAUCGUGCGCCGCCAACUAGUCCACAGGGGCAGCUUCCCCGUGUUCAACUUUUAGAGGGCAAAGUACGCUCCGCCGGGCUCGUGUCUUUCCUGCGGCAGGUGACCGCUCUAAAGUCGCUAGCUGUGGAGUCGAUCGACUUGAUUUUCAGUGUUGCCGCUGCCACAAGCGAAGAGCGGAAGGAUGCUGUAAGUGCGUCACUAUCAGCAGCGAGGGGUGCGGACGACACAUCUUCUCCAACGCCACAACGUGUCGACGAAAUGGCGAAUGCAGAUGACGCAUCACCGACCUCGGCGCCGUGGCAGGAUGGUGAUGAACCGACGACAGCAGCGGCGAUGAUGGCACGCUCGUACUCUUUAGAAGAUCAGUUCACUCUGUUCCAUUCACAGCAGCAACCGCGCCUAGGGCGUGAGGCGACGGCUGCGGAAGCUGCGGGAAGUUCGCCGUCUGCGGUGUCUCAUCCGAGUCCCACCACCGCGCCCGGCCUUUCUUCCUCACCCUUUCACACCGUGGGCGAUCUCAUGAACUACUUGAAGAAUCAGCUGCAGGGUCUUACGGUGGGCGUCGAGGAGGUUCGUCUUACCUUCUGCGUUCCACCUGCUCCACACGCCUCGCGCUCGACAACCGCGUCUGGCUCUUCGCAGAACACGUCCUCCACCGGGCAAAGAUCAUCGCCGUCGCAGACAAGGGCGACAACACCCGUAAUGGGUCGCGGCACACGUGUGUUGCACUUCACCUGCCGUCAAGGUCUGCGCUUCACGGUGGAUAACGCCAUCGGUGACGCGGUGCAGGACAUGCAGUGCUCCACCGUCGUCAGCGACUGGCAGUGCUACCUGCGUGUGAUGGAGGAGGACGGCCCGGUGCCCACCACGUUCAGCCUGGACGAACUCGUGAUGACGACGACGGCACACGUCGGAGCAGCGUCUGCUGCCAACACAACGACUGCUACGACGAGGAAGGACGAUGGCACACAGGCGGAGGCCCCAGUGGCGGAGUCGGCCCCCAUUACGGUGCAUCUUGCACGCCAAAGUGCGUCUUUGCGGCCCAACAGUGGCGCGUCGUCCCCCGCCCCCUCGCCCCCCGCGAUGGAGCCGCCGCGGAUUCUGCUCGACGUCGAGGCAACGGGAGGAUGGAGCGUGGUGCUCACGGCAACGCAGGUGGCGCACUUAAUCGAUAUGGCCUACCUCAUCACCGCCGCAGCACCUUUCCCUAUGGAGUCUAACGGUAAGGCGAGUAAACCAGUGGAGAAUGAGCCACCCACAACGCCUUCGUCAAUUUCCCAAAGGUGGGCCGCCGACGUGACAGACGCACUGCGCCAAGAAGUUGAGACGGCGCCGCUGGAGUCGGUCGAGGCUAUGGCGGCAGCCGCCAUAGCCGCGACGCAGCUGCAGGCGGCUGCCAAGUACGUCUGCGUGCACAGCGCUGGCUGCUCGAUCACACUGCUCACGCGGUCUGCGGUGGAGCCCGGGGUGGUGGCGCGGGCGUGGAGUGGCGCGCUGUCGCCGCAGCAGCUCUCUCUACUCCGUACGGCGGAGGACACGCACGACGAGGCAGCGCGCGUGUCGAGCUCACGUCGUCCCGUCUUUGACGCGCUCGCUUCCCCUCACUUCACCUACGUGAUGCGCGACAUGGACUUCCUUUUCCCUAACGUUGAGUCCCGCGCCGCUCCGUCGACCGCCCUCAGCCGCGUGUUUGCCGCGGACCGCAAGAAACGUGCCAUCUACCGUAACCUGUUCAAGAACGACCUCGCUGAUCCGGCGGUGACGGAGCAGCUCACGCGUGCGCAGCAGCGUGGGUUUUACAACGGCGCGCAGAGCUUUUUUCUCGGGAUCGGUUCCAUCGCGUUGUUGGAGUACCGAGAGGCCGCAUCGCGAAAGACAAGCGAGAAUGCGGACUCGCCGAAUGCAUUCCAGCUUUUGCGCCCCGCGCAGCUUCUGCACGCAGCACGGUCGCCCUACGCGUUUGUGGUGCUUCAUCGCUCCACGCAACCUCUUCUCGAGAAAGCUGGUCGUUCUUCUCCUUUGUCGCAUCGCGCGAGGGCAGAUGAAACCGCGCAGACCCCCUCGCCCUCAGCCCCGCCGCAGCUGUGCGCUCAUCAAGAGACGGUUGUGGUGGGGCUCGCCAGUAUUUCGGUGGAGCUGGAUCCUGAGUUGCUGGAGGUGCUGACCUCGUACGUCAUGACAUUAGCGACGUUAACCCAGUCCAUGACGCGUGCGGCGGUUUUAACGAAGAGCACGCCCAAACCGGCGUCACGGGUGGCGAGCCCGUUACCUCCGUCGCUGCAGCAUAUCUCGCCAACUGGGACGCAAACGGUGGCGAAUCGCAGCUCUGUCAAGGUGCUGCUGGAGAGCCUUGAGGCCUCUGUUCGGUUCCCGCUGCAUCCUCUGACGAUUCACGAUGACCUGAUCACCGGCGUGCCCGCCUCUCGUCCCUCUUCCCCGCCAACCGUGCCUCUUGUUACUUUACCAUGUUUGCUGGCGCGCCUGCUGCAGCGACUACGCGAGACCAGUCUCCACACUCACCGCAAGCUGCGUUCAGAACUCGUGCAGCUGGCGCGCAUCGAGAGCGACGCAGCACCUCAUCGCACGUCCACCGACGAGGUUGAUACAACGGUGCCAUCGACGGCCGCUGACCAAGCGCGCUCCUUUGCAGCUGUGCAAGAGAAGCUCGGCUUUCCUGAGGAUGUCUACGGCACGGCACGGUUUCUUCCUGAGGUCUUGCGCUUCUCCGUUCGAGACUUGCAACUUGUGGAGACGCAGUCUUCGUGCGGCGCAUCUCAAUCGAACGAGAUCACCUCUGUGCCAACCGACACACUACAUCAGCCUCUCUGCACCUCGGUUAAGUGGCGUGAGGCGGUGGUGUACAUGCACGAUGUGCUGGAGGGGACGAAGUCGGAGCUCUUUCGCGGGGACUACACACCCGAGAUGAGCAUCCGCAUCACACAUGCACGUCUUCCGGACGAGGCUGCGCUGCACCGCUGGCACGCGCUUCGGCAUGUGCUGACACUGCAAAUUCGACUUGGGGACGUCACGACGACUGUUCUUACACAAGAUGACUUCUUGUUGGCGUCCUUCUACGUGCAAGAGCUGCUGCGGACACUCGCGCAUUGCCGUCAGCGAUUGCACGGCCUCUUUGACGGCUACGAAGAAGCUGCGACGGAAGGCGCACCGAGUAUUCCCUCAGCGGAGGCAGAGGCGAACGGAUCGAGUGCGGCGCUACCCGAUGCAUCAGCGCAGACGACGUAUGAGACGACGCAUGAGACGACGGAUGAGAGUGCUGGCGAAGCACCGAGCAGUGGGUUGCGUCUGCACUCGGCGGAUUUGGUUGGCGGUACCGUGGCUGAAGCGUUUGCGAUGGCGGACGUGCACAAAGCCGCUGCAGCCGCCGCAACGAGCCCUACGACAAAGCCGGCGUACGCCGCCGACACGGCGCAGGACGCGCAGAGUACCUCAAGCUCUCUCCUUCAGAAGUAUUCGGAAUGGCUGCACCUUGUCCCCGAUUUAUGGUACUCCGUAGAAAGCACGUGCACCGCCCUUGAUGUGCAGAUUGGCCGUGUUCGGGUCGGUCUCUUCGCCCCCCGUCUCUCUCCAAUGGGUGACGUCGUGGGCGAGCCGCUUUUCCGUUGCCUCCCCGCUGCCCAGCGCCGCCAGAUGGUCGACCUGAACUGUCUCUACCACACCUACAUCAUCGAGCUCGUCGGUGUCUCGAUGCGUGGUCUGCUCGGCAACGGCGCGCUCGUGGGCAAAGGCCACGACGCGUACCUUCACGCGCGCUUCGGCGGCUGUUCCAUGUGGGAGCGCCACCCGCUGGCGCUGUCGACGAGCAGCGGUGAGCGUGGCCGUGGUGCGGGGCCGGGUGGCGGCGGCGGGGGCGCUACAGCCGCGGCUGCCGCCACCUCUUCUCUCUACAGCAGUUACGUCUCCGGUGUGAUGCACCCGCCGAGCACGUCUUCACCGCCGCGCGGGACGGCGGACUUGUUGCAGCAGUCUUCCACCAUCACCAGCAAUGGCAGCAAUAACAGCAGCAGUAACAUGCGUGGCGGCGAUGGGGCUGCCGUGGGCAACGGACCUGGACUGCGCCGUGACCUCGGCUAUUACUUAUCGAACCAGCAGCACCGCGGUAGUACGCUGGUCCAACUCAUUCAGAGCUACACGGAGGCCUGCGCAACGACCGACGGCGAUGGGGAAGAGGGGGAGAGGGAGGAGCUGCUCGCUGUUGUCGAUACAAAGCGUGGAGCCGUGCGUGGCGCAUUGGGUCGAGACGAGCGCUUUCUGUACCAGUUGUGGAGCACCUACAUCGAGGAACUGAAGAGGCGACUCUCCGAUGGUGCCCAGACCUCGACAGGAAAGCUGAACACUGUAUGUGCCGAUCUGGAUGUCGGGGUUUGUGCGGUACGCGUGCUGGAGCACGUAGCGGGCGAACAGGAAGCGCAAACGCAACCUUCAACCGAUGCCCGCGCUUUUCGUGACACGCGUAGCAUCACCAUACAACUGGCCGGUUUGGGUCUUCGCCACAUCGUGGCCUACAACGGCGACCACCUUGCUGCCGUUUUGCAGAAUUACUUCAGUGCCGGGGACCGCAUCAUUCCCAACACAGCAGCUGAUGUCGCCGCGCCUCUUGCGAAUCAGACAGCGGAAUUUGCAAAGAAUAGUAGGAGGAGCAGUAGAGAGACGGCAACUGCCAUUCAUUUGGAGUUGAACAAUCUUAUGGCUACGUAUCGCCCUCGCGGUGUGGGUCGAUCGCUUGCCGCGGUGCUCCUUCCACGCGCCUCUGUUCUCGUGAAUGCCCCGGCUUGGACGCCUUUGCCUAUGAAGAAGGACUUGGGCAAGUCCGCACACGGUAAAGAGACGGGCGAAUCUGUGGCACAGCUGCCAUUGGCCAUGCAGGCUCAGGCGUGGCUGCACACCUCCGUUCCGAUUUACGUGUGCAACGACUGCGACGUGGAGGCCCUCGCGCGGGAGGUGUUGGACCCGACGGAGAGUGAUGACUGGGGCGUCGAUUUGGAAGGGGCGGGCUUCGUGCGCCUGUGUGAGGUGAUCUCCACUGCACCGGUGCUGACGGACAACGAUGCUGUGUCCGCACGGCUGCAGCGUUACCCGGUGAAGCGGCGUCCCAACCUCACUGUUACGUUGCCGCAGUCGGACGCAGCAACGGCUCUGCAGGAUGCCGAUGAAAUAAGCAGUAGCAACGACAACAACUUCACAGCCGACGGCGACGGGGGCUCCGCUGCGGAUCGCGAGUCUGCUGUGGCGGUGCGCGUGCGUUACGUGGAGUUGUCUGCGUUUAUGGCUAAGGACGCUUUUGACGUUUUCCGCGAACUUGCCGAGACGUGGGGGGCCGGCUCGGAUUUGCAGGUGUUGGACACCCCUGCCGCGCUGGUGAUGCGGAGCGGCCCCGGAUUUGACUGGGUGGCAGGGGAGGUGGCGCGCAGCUGUGCUCCGAUGACAUUCCAACUUAAUCCCGCACUGACCUCUGCUCUUGCACGUGAGAAGGGCACACCGGCGUUGGUGGGCCGCGUAGAAGGCAGCGCGCAGCUCAUGACUGAGGCAGAAAGUGCCACCUCUGCUGCCCCCCAUCAGUGCUUUCCGCCUCGACCUUCUUCCUUUUCGCCCCUGUGCGACGUGCACGACGCGAUGCUGUCUGCUGGCUCUGCUAGUGCUUCGGCCGAAGUCUCCUCGACGCUUCCGACGUACGGCUACAGCACGUGGCGGGACGCGCUGCACGCCGCGCAGGGUCGAGAUCAGCGCUUGUCGGAGGCGUACCAGACUCGGGUGGCGGAGCUGCUGGAUAAGGAGUCGCCGUGGGUGCCGGUGCAUCGAUUUGCGCAACAAAGCAAGGAUGAUGUCGCGAGUGCCGUUGCGGAUGCUGCGAUGGUACCACUAUCGUCACAGGACGCCAUUUUCUUCCCCAGUGACGAGUGCGAAGACGAGCAAAAGGCGGAAGAGUUAGACACGGCGGUGCCGUCAGGGCUUUCUCAAAGAGGCGGCAAUGCGGCAACGCCGCACGCGUACGCCCCCGUGGCUCCACCUCCUGCGUCCACUGCCGUCUUAUCCGUGUCGUCGUCCUUCUCUGACCUCGGUGAGUUGGAGACGAACCUCGCGCCUCUCCAGUGGCACGUAAUGCCCUGCACCGACCCGAAUGCCGCCUUCUCCGAAACGGUCCGGCGCAUCCCCGCCGCGGCGCUCGUCGGCGGAGGCGUCAAAGUGGCGGUGGAUGACGACGUGGAUGACGCUGAUGUGAACGGCGACUUCGAUCUGUGUGCGGCGUGUGAGCGGCAGCCGCACUUCCUUAGCUGCUGGUCACGCGACCGCGCAGACGCGGCGUCGCAGAGCUGCCCUGUUAGCUUCAACCACCUGGAGCGCACCGACGACGCCUUGCUGCACGACACCACGGAGAAGUACCUCUACCCACCAGUGGAGCUACAGUUUUUUCUGUGUGACUGCGCCGUCAAUGUGAGCCUGUACGAGGGAACGGACUUGAUGGCGGCUGCGGUGCGGAAGCAGCGACAGGGCUACCUCCAGAUCGUUUCACGCGGCGCCCGCGUCACACAAGCCGCGGUCCCCUACUCGAUGGUCAGCCCACACGACGAACACCGUAAAGACGUGAGUGAAAGAGAUAGGAAGCACGGCAAAGCCGAGGUGACAGCCAAACAACGCAGUGCACACUUGGAGCCCUCCACCUAUCCGUCCACCAGCGCAGCAGCUGCCACCACCACAAUUCCUCUUUCUUCUCUGGAGCCCCCAUCCGAGUCGUCCGCCUCUCGCCUGAGUCGCCUCAACAACCGCGGCUGCCGCAGCGGGUUUGGCGACCGGGACGCCAGCAAGCGUCUGGUGCUGGUCAGCCGCGGGAUUACAGUGCAAUGCAACACCUUUUCUCAGGCCUCCGAGGAAGAUUUGUGGUUCCACGUCGUCGUCGGCGAGGCGACCGUCUUUGACUGCAUUGAGACGAGCGACGUGCACCGACUGCUCACUGCCACACCGCAGACCACCUCCGCCUCUGCGCGAUUCCCUGCGGGUGCUGCGGCCACCGCGGCAAACAUGAGUCGCCCGCGUGUCCAAACCCCACAGAUGCAGGAGAGCCACCUUCGUGUGGACGGCGACAGUAAGGGUGCGCGCCAGUUGGAGCUGACGGGCUUGCUGACUUCUUCGAAGAGUCUUCACAUGGCGGCGGCGCGGCACGACGUGGCCGGCGACACCCGCGCCAGCUUCACCGUGUCUCGCUUUCAGCAGGGCGGCAGUGAGCUCUCGCUGGUGGUGCGGAUGCAGCCGACGUCGCUGACGUGGAGUGGUGCCUCCAUGGACUUCGCGCAGUCCUUCCUUUUUUCCUCUUCUUCAUCCUCGCCCACGCUGCCGUCUCCGGCAGCUCCGAGUGGCAGCGGCGCGGCUGCUGGUGGAAACGUCGGCGUCAGCGACGCAUCGUUGAGAGCCGGCGCGCUUGGGGCUACGGGUACUGGCUCCGCCGCAUCCACAUCUGCCAAUAUCGGUGUUCUCAGCACGGACGACGGCGUCAUCUCAGGAACGGAGGCGCCACCCAUCUUCUUCCGACGCGUCGUGAUUCUGCCCACCACCUUGACCGUCGCCGGGUCUUUUCAAAGUGACAAAGGCGUCCUGGCGGCGCUGGCGGAGGGCAAGUCGCUCGACGCGUUGCGCAGCGUGCCAGUGCUGUCGUGGAUCUCCGUCCAGGAAAUCCCUCUCCCCAUUCCGUUUAUGCGCAUUGAGGACUGUAGUAGUGCGGUGACGCUGCUCCAGCGCAUCGUGGAGGACACCAACUGCGUGUCGAUUCGAUUUCUACUCACCGCGCUGUGUUGCGGACUGCAGCCCCUCUCCGCAGUAGCGCGUGUAGGUGAGGCGGCACGAGGAUUGCUGCUGCUGCCCCUCUCGCAGUACCGCGGCGCUGCCCUACACCACGCUAUUCGCACUGCUUCCUCCGUCUUUAUGCAAGAGUUGCUCGCACAAACGUCCGGUGUGGCGGCGCUGCUGGCCAGCGGCUCCUACCACGCUAGCCGCUCCCUUCUCGAGGCACUGAUAUCGCCGUCCGAUCGCAGACGGGCGAUUACCGCCGAGCCGUCCCGCGCGUCGCAGCCGGCUGGCCUCGGCGAUGGCUGGCGACAAGGACAGGAGCAGCUGCGCACGGGCGUGGAGGAGGCCCUCACGAUGGCGAGCUACUGCACGGGACCAGAUGGCAGUCUGCUUCGACUGCCAGCUGCAGCUCUGCGGAUGUUGAUGGGCAUCUCUGGCGCUGCGACGACCACGUUGUGGGGUGUUCGAAAUAGCCAGAGCAGUGCCGCUCGCGAUCGUGAUGGCUACAUCUACAAGAAGUAG